GUUCCUAGUGUGGACACAUGGAUAGGAGUUGAAACUUGUAUCAACGAUUCAACUACCAGUUUAAAAGGACACAUCUCUGAUCCAUUUGUCUCUUCCAUCUUCUCCUCUUGUCAAAGUUUCCUCAAUACUUCAAUCUUGUAACCCGUUGACUUUUAAAGGAAGACGAUGGAAGCGAAGCUAGAGGUGACCGGGAAAGAAGUGAUCAAACCUGCUUCACCAUCACCUCGUGAUCGCCUUCAGCUCUCUAUCCUUGAUCUCUAUUGUCCUGGAAUCUACGUGUCGACGAUCUUCUUCUACGAUCUCAUCACCGAGUCCUCGGAGGUUUUCUCGGAAAAUCUGAAACUCUCUCUGUCCGAGACUCUCUCACGCUUCUAUCCACUAGCUGGACGAAUAGAAGGCCUUUCCAUCAGCUGUAACGACGAAGGAGCCGUCUUCACCGAGGCACGCACCGAUCUCCUUCUUCCUGAUUUCCUUAGAAACCUCAACACUGACUCCCUGUCGGGAUUCCUCCCGACACUAGCUGCUGGAGAAUCUCCAGCGGCCUGGCCGUUGUUGAGUGUCAAGGUCACUUUCUUCGGGUCUGGAUCAGGAGUGGCGGUUUCUGUCUCUGUCUCUCACAAAAUCUGUGAUAUAGCCUCAUUGGUUACCUUUGUAAAAGACUGGGCUACCACCACGGCCAAAGGGAAGUCAAACAGUACUAUCGAGUUCGCUGAAACGACUAUUUAUCCUCCUCCUCCUUCUCAUAUGUAUGAACAGUUCCCAUCAACGGAUUCCGAUUCUAACAUCACAAGUAAAUACGUACUCAAAAGAUUCGUCUUCGAACCUUCUAAGAUUGCUGAGCUGAAACACAAGGCCGCUAGCGAAAGCGUCCCUGUGCCUACACGUGUUGAAGCUAUCAUGUCACUUAUCUGGAGAUGUGCUAGAAACUCCUCACGCUCUAACUUGUUAAUUCCAAGGCAAGCCGUCAUGUGGCAGGCCAUGGACAUUCGACUUAGGAUUCCAUCUAGUGUUGCGCCAAAAGACGUGAUUGGUAACCUACAAAGCGGAUUUUCUCUCAAGAAAGACGCGGAGAGCGAGUUUGAGAUCCCUGAAAUCGUGGCCACAUUCAGGAAGAACAAAGAGAGAGUCAACGAGAUGAUCAAAGAGAGUCUUCAAGGCAAUACAAUUGGUCAGAGUUUGUUGAGUUUGAUGGCGGAAACUGUGUCAGAGUCAACGGAGAUAGACCGAUACAUAAUGUCUAGCUGGUGCAGAAAGCCUUUCUACGAGGUUGACUUCGGAUCGGGUAGUCCGGUCUGGGUGGGAUACGCGUCACAUACCAUUUACGACAACAUGGUGGGUGUCGUGUUGAUUGAUUCAAAAGAAGGUGAUGGUGUAGAAGCAUGGAUAAGCUUACCUGAGGAAGACAUGUCCGUGUUUGUCGAUGACCAAGAGUUGCUUGCUUAUGCCGUCCUAAAUCCCCCGGUCGUGGCAUAAACAAGACUACUACCAAUUGCUCUACGCUGGAUUUAAUUAAUUAUUGGCUUUCGCUUUUCGUUGUGAUUUGAAUAAAGUGACCAAUCAUUUCAAGUUCCAUGUUAAUUCAGUUUAUAUGUUACCUUGAUCUUGUUUGUACUCUAUAUGGUUAUUUGUUUUGUCAAUUUGUUUUUCCAGUUACUAAUAACUACUUCAUGAUAAUUU